UAUACCAGUGCUCUCAUCCUCGUUACCUGAAGGAAUGAGAAGUUACAUAUGGUACCAAUAAUCAAUGGCUUAGUUAUAUACUUUACAGACGCCGCCACAUUUCAGAGCAAAUAUGACGCAUCUGCUAAGCUCAAGUCAACCAAGCUUGCCGUGACCAGAUUCAAAUCUACCAGCUGGGCGUUUAUGGAUGCCAUCCCUCUGUGGCUCGAUAUGGCCACCAUCUUGAGGUUUCUGGGAGAUUACAGAUUUGUAGGUUUGCUGAAAGAUGCUGAUGUGUACACGAAUUUGAGCAUGGCAGGUCCGUUUAGUGUCUUUGCGCCAAACAACAUGGCCUUCAUCCUGUUGCCACUACCUGAACAGAAGCUGUUGUACAAUAAGACGUACGCUGAAAUGCUGGGGAAAUACCACGUGGUUGAUGGUCUCUACCGUUACGUGUCUUUCGGAAACGAUCUGCUGGUGCCUACAGUCCUCGGACCUAACCUUAGGUUCAAUAUCUACAGAUCAGGAUCUUUACGUACAGUGAACGGGAAACCCUUGGUAUAUGGAGAGUUCGAAGCUAACAAUGGCAUCGUGCACCAGAUGAACGACAUAUUGAUGGAUAUACCCACCAGAACCAUCAAGGAGAUCGUUGGCAACAGUUCCACUUUGACCAUGCUCUACCAGGCACUAAAUAACUCAGAUAUGCUGAAACUCUUAGACGGCCCUGGUCCUUUCACCUUGUUUGCACCAACGGAUGCCGCCUUCGCCAAACUGCCACCCGGAUCUGUAGACAGCCUGCUUCUCAACACCACCGCGCUCACAGACUUUGUUCAGUAUCACAUUGUCUCCAGCACUUACUUCCACAUUGGCCUGGAAGCCGGUAAACUGACAGCUCUGAACGGAGGUUAUAUCGAAGUGGAGGAGAACGUCCUCACAGGUCUAACCAUCAACGGGGCGAACAUAACAAGCGCUGAUGUCCUAGCUACCAAUGGUGUCAUCCAAGAGCUGGACGGCGUUUUGGACCCAGCUUCAUCGCCUUGAAAUUGCUAACCAUAUUCAAAAUCGCAGUGUUUAGAGUAUAGCCUUAACAACGUUUCUAAAAAAAAAUAGGGUACCGACACAGUAACCAUCUUCUUCCGUGCAUAUACGGGAGCUGAACCAAUCUGUUUGCUGCUAUAAUGAAGCUUUUGUCACCAAUAAAGCGCUUGUAAACCAUGAAACGUAUGUGGGGUCCAUUUUUUUACAAAUUCAAGGUAAUAAUUGUUGGACAUGUUACGUUCAGGUGUGUGUGGAAGUUUUAUGUUUUGCUUUUCACAACUUUUUAAACUUACUUACAUAGCGGUUAAAAUGAGAGUCAUUUUGCUCUCAGCUCUCCCUGACCGUGGAGACUUCGUGCCGACUUCGUGCCAAACAGCUGUCGACAGUGCUCGGAGGGACCUUUGCACAUCGAGCCUGAAACUUGGAACUUGACAAUGAACCGUUUAAAAAAAAUAAGUCUGAAAGUUCACAACAAUAUUGUAGAAGUUUGGAA